GACCAAGGGCAGCUGCCCCAACAAUCGAGGGAGAUAGCACUUGAAAAGCACCACUUAACCAUCCCCCCUCCCCAUGCACUUUAAAUAAAUAGCUCCCACUUCUUGCACUCGGCUUCAUUUCUCUCAGCAGCCAGCCCACCAACCAGACAUGGCGUCCAUGGAGCAGCAAGGGGUCAGCAGUUCAUCGUCUGCUGCAACCGCGAGCGCCCCCGACGUUUGCCUGGAGCGCCGAGGAAGAUGCAGUUCAUUGUCUGCCGCAACCGCGAGCACCCCCAUCGUUUGCUUGGAGUGGCGAGGAAGAUGCGAUACGUGCGGUGGUCUGGUCACGAGCAGGAGGAGGAGGAGGAGGUGCCGUGCCAGCGGCGAGCCCGACGGCAGCGGUGAUACGCCUGCCAGGUGUACCGUUCGCAGGAGGAAAAGCAGAGCCCUGCAGGACCAGCAGCUACUCGAUGCCAACGAACGAUUCACAUGGGGCAGCGAACCUAGGGAGGACUGCCUGUGGUGUGGCCAGGCUCGUACUUUGGCGGGGGGGGGGCAUGCUUUUCACAAAGGCAGCUAUUUCUGCCAAUUAAACGAGGAUUGCGGGGAGGACAGUGCGGUGAGCAUUUCGACAUGGCUGCAAAAGCAGUUGUCUGCGCUGCCGCUAAAAACUCCCCGUACCACUGCGUGGCGGCAACACAAACACCAGACCGAGGGGCGGGAGCAGUCGACAGAGCGGAAAGCCACAACGUGCGGAAAGUGUGGCCACCCACAACAGGCGGUGUACGGUCACACUUCCUUCAUGAGCAAAGUGCCCAAGACUGUCCGAAACUUCUGCACACUCCAUGAGGGAAAACCGAUGGCCCUGUGGCUGGCUCGGGGGCUCCCACCACAGCUUGAGGUUGGUGGUGAGGACCGCUCUGUCCUCGACCACAACCACAGUCGUGCCUGUGGUGGUCAGAGCACUCUGGGCAGUGACCCCCAAACUAGAUGAGUGGUUGCAACAGAUCCCGGGAACAACAUCGGACAUCUCAGUCCAGAAAUGUGCAGUGCUGGGAACAGCAAGGAUACUGCGCAGAACCUUCAAGCUUCCUGGCCUCUGGUAGAGGACCUGAGCUGAAUGAGGGACGGACACCACCCGAGGGGCGGUGAG